CUCCAGGGACUCCCCCAACAGUAUGGAUCUAUCAUCUACACAUCUUUCAAAAUAAAAUAAAAAAUACAUAGAAGAAAAAAAAAAAUAAAUAAAUUUUAGGAUCACUUCCUGCCAACCUUUCAGCGAUCUUCAAGAAGGCAGAAGAUUCGAUCAAAUUCGGGCCAAGUAUCGUGCUGCAAUCAGGGUGCUGCAAUGUACUCGAUCAAAAUUCCGAAUAUCAGCCACAGGGUAAUCACCUCGAAACUUAGACCAUCGGAACUCUUAACCUUCUUCAGAACUUUUGGCCGACAAACAGCAGUCAAAAAGACAGUUGUUAAACCAAAGAAGCAAGUCUUCAAGAAAAUGGCAUUAGGUGUGAUGGUUGCCGUGCCGACAGGUGGGAUUGGUACCUAUGUGUGGAUGAGUGAUAUAAACAAGAGAAAAACACGAGUUACCUUUGAAGGAUUGGUUCGUUUUUUAAGGACUUUUUACAAUGGGUUAUUCAUUGGUUUGGAUUACAAAAUUAACCUUUACGGAUUAGAUGAUUCAACAACAGAAGAAUACAAGAUAAAAUUUAAGGAGAUUAAUGAGCGCACUGCAGAUCGUAUACUUCGUGUUUGCCUCACCAAUGGUGGGCUGUACAUCAAAUUUGGACAGGUUCUAGGCACCAUUAAUCAUAUUCUUCCAAAGGAGAUCCUAACAAAGUUGGCUGUUUUACAAGAUCGAGCAUUAGAGAGGAAAAAUAAAGAAAUUGAUAAUCUGUUUCUUGAAGAUUUCGGAAGCACGCCUGAUAAACUCUUCAGAGAGUUUGAACCCGAGCCGAUUGCAGCAGCUAGCCUUGCACAGGUUCACAUAGCAGUCACUCAUCAGGGUGAUGAGGUUGCUGUCAAGAUUCAGUACAUAAAUCUGCGUGAUCAGUACAGUGGAGACCUGAAGACUAUGGAGAUCCUCUUGGAUGUUGUCCAUUGGCUCUUUCCAGAACACUACAACUUCAAGGAAAUUCUCAAGGAGACGAGAGGACCUCUUUCGCGAGAGUUAGAUUUUGAGAAUGAGGGUCGCAAUGCUGAGAGAUGUGCCAGAGGUUUGAAGCAUCUUCCUUAUGUGUAUGUGCCGAAGAUAUACUGGAAAACAUCAUCAAAGCGAGUUCUUACAAUGGAAUACAUACACGCCCUAAAAGUGACUGAUGUAGAUGGCAUUAAAGAGAUGGGUCUUUCAUUUGCUGAUGUUGCUGAUAAAUUAAUUAAAAUAUUUGCAGAGCAGAUAUUCCACACUGGGUUUGUUCAUGCUGACCCACAUCCUGGAAAUGUGUUUGUAAGACAAAAUAACAGAGGUAAAGCUGAGUUGGUGCUUCUUGACCAUGGCCUGUAUGAAGAACUCUCACCAAAGAUCCGAGUGGCAUUUUGUAAUUACUGGACCUCUAUUAUCAUGAAGGAUGUUGAGGGAAUGAAACGGUAUGCUGCAGAUUUAGGAGUCAGAGAAUAUAAACUAUUUGCUAUGAUGAUAAUGCAACGACCUUUGAACCUCCAAGCUAAGCGAGGCCUACACAUGACCUUUAUGAUGACUCCAGAUCAGUUCCGCAAGCUCGGCGCUGAGUUCCAACAGAUGGGCGCCAAACGAGAGGACUUUAUUGAGCGUGGUAACCAGUUGCUGCACAGUCUACCCAAGUCUUUGUACUUAGUGUUUCGUAACAUGAACACAGUACGUGGGAUUCAUAGGACGCUAGGAAUGCCGGCAAACUACAUAACUCUGAUGGCUAGAUGCGCUAUUGGUGGUACCGCACAAGAUGCCGAACUUCGUGGCUUCAAGGACAACAUGAGGGCUAGGUGGGACCGCUUUCUCUUUGAUUUCACUCUUGCGUCUGAUCGCUUCUUGCACUGGCUGCAAACAUUCAUCAUGCAGUGGAUGCUACGUCUCGGAUUGUUUCAGAAGAUCAUGACAUCACUCAAGGAUUCUGAUAAACCAAUGGAACCAAACAAACAAAUGUCUGGUCUGGCAGAGAGCUUCAUGCCUGUAUGAGAGUGUUAUUUUGGGUUGUCUAGCCUAAUAUGGAGCUUCAUGCCUGUAAAAAAAUUCUUCUGGGUUGUACGGCCUAGCAAGGAUCUUCAUGCCUGUAUGAAGAGUACUUCUGUGGCCUAGCAAGGAGCUUCAUACCUGCAUAAAGAGCUUGACUUCUGUGUUGUCUGGCCUAACAAAGAGUUAUGUUCCAGCUCUUCUGGGUUGUUUAGCCGGGCAGAGAAUCAUGCCCAUGUUAAUAGAAAUUCAGUCCAAGGGCCCUUUUAAACUUAGUUUUUGCACAAAUGUACAAAAGAAUAAACCCUAACAUUUUUUGCAACCAGUUAAUAAUGUAAAACCGUAACUUUCAUAUUUUUUAUAAAGCAUUGCAUUUUAUAUUUAAAUGUGUACAGAAUUAACAUUACAGUAACUACCCUAGUGAAAUGCGUGAACACUUCUGAAUAGAUGGAUACCGUAAAAGAACUUGCGUCUUACUAUCAUACUUCUGGAAGACCCUAAGUACCAUACAAUAAAGUUAAUUUUCAGUAGAAGGUGAAAAAAAUCCAUAAUGAGGUGAAUCAGGAGAAUCUAUUGUUUAUGUAAGAUUAUAAAUAGGCCUAGUUUUAUAGAAAAAUGUUUCUACAUAUUUUUUUUUUUGUGUAAUUUAUUUUUAGAAGUACAUUUAUACAAUCAUGUAGCUUAAAAUAAAGCUGUUUACAAUCAUUAUAUCAGAAAUUAUAGCAUGUGAUGGUAUUAAGAAUAACAUUGAAAAUAUUUAUAUAAUUUCUAUUUUGAUUACUAAAUUUAGGAUUAUAUUUGAUAUACUGUAUUUUAGAAAGGUGCAAUACCAGUAAUUUUACCAGUACAGAUACCUAUAUUUGAAGGAAUAACUCUUAAUUAUUAUUAUUUUAAAGUUAAUGUAGUAUAUAUAUUAUCCUUUAAAACCACUUAUAUUCUUAACAUUGUAUUCAUAAUACUGUUUUCAAGUACUGUACAAGAAACCUAAUGGGUCAGUAUCUACCAAAAUACCUUUUUGCCAUGAAAGAACACCUCUCUCAAUGUAAAUUUAAGGAUUACAAAUACUACCUCAUUCCCUUUUCAGUUUGUCUUGUCUAUUGAGUGAAUAAACAAACGAACAAUCAAA